AUGCGGCACAUGAUGCGUCCCUUCCGAAGCGGCGACCGCCUCGAGGACCACGCAGUCCCCAUUGGGGAGGUGAUGCAGCAACUGCAAACCCAACUCGCCGAGUACAGCGCGCUCAAGGAGCAGCUGGGUGUCGGCACAGGAGGCAUGCCUGGCGGCGGUCGAUUCCCACCAUCACAGUACAGCAGCGUGCCCAUGCACGCCACGGACAGCGUCGACAGCAUGGCUACCUCCGCCUCGUCUUCUUUCCAGAAUCUUCGUGCUUCCUUGGAUACGCCACGGUCAUUCGACGUCCUUAGUCGAAAGAAUUCUUAG